GAAAAUUCUCUCCAACGGUCAGGAAAGUUUUCGAAUUUUAAACGCUCUCGUCGAAAACCCCCAAUUUUUCACACUCUUUCCAUUUUCUUCAGAUCCUAAACGCUUUCUCGCUUCAAGAUACGCUAUUUUUCUCGCUGAAUCUAAUAGUUUUUCUCGUUUUUUCUAAACACACCCCCAAAAGCCCUAAUUUUCCAUGGAGGAUGUUCAAUCCGACACAUGUGAAGGGCCUGAAGGCCAAGAAACCCAAGCGCCGAUCCCUUUUGUGCCCGCGGUCUUUGAUUGGGAAAAAGACGUGAACUUGAUGCAAGAAAGCAGUGACUUCAUGGAAGAAGACCAGAAUUCCUUGGUCGAAUCGAUGCUUUGCGACCCCAAUACAAGGUUGAUUCCAUCUGGGUUUACCAGACCAGAUUGCACAGAUGAAUAUGUCAUGUUUGUAAAUGCUGGAGGUGAGUCUUCAAUUGAAGCAGAUUCCCGUAUCAAGUUUAUGGGUGACACAUAUUUCCAAGGAGGGACUCCAUUCAGAACAAAUGAGCAUAUAACUGAAGCUGGGGAUUACCAAUUUAUUUAUCAGUCGGCAAGAUUGGGAAACUUUAGUUAUCAGUUUGACAAUUUGCAUCCUGGAGACUAUUAUGUUGAUCUCCAUUUUGCUGAGAUUAUUAACACAAACGGCCCUAAAGGAAUGCGGGUGUUCAAUGUGUUCAUCCAAGAAGAGAAGGUUCUAGCUGAAAUUGAUAUUUUUUCUAUCGUUGGAGCCAAUAAACCAUUGCAAUUACUUGACACGAGAGUCUCCGUAAAAGAGAAUGCCAUGAUCCUUAUAAGAUUUGAAGGUGUUAAUGGUAGCCCUGUGAUUAGUGGGAUAUGUAUCAGAAAAGCACCAAAGGUGUCAGUCCCUUCAGCAACAAAAGAAUAUCUUAAAUGUAGCAAGUGUGCUGCUGAGAUAGAAGUUUCUUCAGCUCAGAAAAAACUUAUGCAAGCCAAAGCUACAUCCAAUUAUGAGAAGAAAAUACAACAGCUCACCCUUCAGUGCCAGCAAAAAACCAAUGAAUGCCAUGAGGCUUGGAUGUCAUUGACUGAGGCAAGUGAACAACUGGAGAAGGUUAGGAUGGAACUUGAUAACAAGACCUUUCGGACACGUUCUCUAGAUCAAACUGUGGAGAAACAAGCAGAAACUCUGAGGAAUAUCAAAAACAUGUACAAGCAUGAUAAGGAGUAUUGGGCGGUUGCAAUCAAUGACCUACAAGAAAAAAUAAAGACAAUGAAGAAAGAGCAUUCACAGCUCUCUCGUGAAGCGCAUGAAUGUGCUGAUUCAGUACCUGAGUUAAGCAACAUGGUAGCUGGAGUUCAGGCAUUGGUUGCACAGUGUGAGGAUCUUAAACUGAAGUAUAGUGAAGAGCAAGCAAAGAGAAAGGAGCUCUAUAACCAAAUUCAGGAGACUAAAGGAAAUAUCAGGGUUUUCUGCCGAUGCCGCCCGCUAAGCAAGGAGGAGAUAUCAGCUGGCUGUGCCACAGUUGUAGACUUUGAUUCUGCGAAGGAUGGCGAUCUUGGAAUUGGGAUCAGUGGCUCCACCAAAAAGGCUUUUAAAUUUGACCGAGUUUACACACCUAGAGACCAUCAAGUUGAUGUGUUUGCGGAUGCUGCGCCAUUGGUUAUUUCAGUGCUAGACGGCUACAAUGUUUGUAUAUUUGCAUAUGGCCAGACAGGGACAGGCAAAACAUUUACAAUGGAGGGUACUGAGCAAAACAGGGGGGUCAAUUACAGGACUCUUGAGAAAUUGUUUGAAAUUGCAAAGGAAAGAAGAGAGACGUUUAUGUACGAUAUAUCUGUUAGUGUUCUUGAAGUCUACAAUGAGCAGAUCAGAGACUUGUUGGCAACAUCACCAACGUCAAAAAAAUUGGAGAUAAAACAAUCUUCUGAAGGGUUCCAUCAUGUUCCUGGAAUUGUAGAAGCUAAAGUUAGUAAUGUCAGGGAAGUUUGGAGUGUGCUGCAGGCCGGAAGCAAUGCUAGAGCUGUAGGGUCAAAUAACUUGAAUGAGCACAGCAGCCGAUCUCACUGCAUGCUUUGUAUAAUGGUGAAAACCAAGAACCUGAUGAACAGUGAGUGCACCAAGAGCAAGCUUUGGCUCGUGGAUUUAGCUGGUAGUGAAAGACUUGCGAGAACUGAUGUGCAAGGUGAGAGGCUCAAAGAAGCUCAAAAUAUCAAUAGAUCCCUUUCGGCUCUUGGAGAUGUGAUAUAUGCUUUAGCAACUAAAAGUAAUCAUAUUCCAUACAGGAACUCCAAGUUGACUCAUUUACUUCAAGAUUCACUAGGGGGAGACUCCAAAACAUUGAUGUUUGUGCAAAUCAGCCCCUCUGAGAAGGACUUGAGCGAGAGCCUAAGUUCAUUAAACUUUGCAACUCGAGUUCGAGGGGUUGAAUUGGGUCUUGCAAGGAAGCAAGUUGAUACAAGCGAGAUGCAAAGGAUGAAAACAAUGCUUGACAAAGCAAGGCAGGAAUCAAGGUCCAAAGAUGAAUCUCUAAAGAAACUAGAGGAGACUCUACAAAACCUAGAGGGUAAGUCCAGAGGCAAAGACCAAAUAUACAAAAACCAACAGGAGAAGAUCAAAGAACUUGAAGGCCAACUUGAGUUGAAAACAUCCAUUCACGGCCAGUCAGAGAAGCAUGUCUCACAACUUUCAGAAAGAUUGAAGGGGAGGGAAGAGAUUUGCAGCAGUCUCCAACAGAAGGUUAAAGAACUUGAGGCUAAGCUUAGAGAACGGCAGCAGUCAGAGUCUGCAUCUUUUCAGCAGAAGGUUAAGGAAAUGGAGAGCAAGCUGAAGGAGCAAGUGCAAGAUUUCGAGUCUCAUUCUCUUAUGCUUCGACAAAAGAUUAAGAAGCUCGAGAAACAAGUUCAAGAGCAGGAGCAAAAUUCAGAGGCUGCUUUACUUCGCUCUAAGAUAAUGGAGGUUGAAGACAAGUUGAAGCAACAAGAGCUUCAAUUGCAGUGUAAGCUCAAUUUGUGUUCAGCCGAUGUGAUGGGGUUCACUCCUAGGGAAGGAAUGUCAUACACUAGAGAUGAAGAGUUGAUAAAAGAGAUUGAGCCUUGUAUACUACGGAGUUCAAACUCCAUCAACCGCCCAAUGAGUCAAGGGUCUAUAUUGCCAAAGGGAAGUUCACUAUUCAAUGAAACUAGAAAGAAAAGACAUUCCAGAAGUAGUGAAACAGAGAACAUUGCUACCACAACUAACAUGGGUAGAAAGUCUGAUCCCCCAAGAGUUGCCAGGGUCAUGAAAACAACAAAGCCAGUCACCACAGCUACUACACAAGGGCUUUUGAGUCACAAGAGAAGUAACAGAGACCAAGUACAGGGAAUUAAGGAGAGAGACAGCAAGAAGAAGAUAUGGUCUAGGUAGUAAAGUAGUCUAUCAAUUGAAGAUUCAAUUUGUUUGGUAGUUUUCUUAUUUCAGAUUCGUGUUACACUUGUAUCCAAAUUCUUGGAAUAUAUUAUUGCGUUGAAUUUGA